AUGGCCCUGCGCAGCGCCAUACAGUGGCCCGCUGGGCGCUUGCGCAGGGCCCCUUCAAUUGUGCCCGCCGAGGGCGCCCUGGGCCCCACCGUGUGGGACGCGGUGCCGGACUGCCGCGCGCGGCUGCCGGCCGGCGAGCUGGAGGGCCGCCUGCGCCGGUUCCGGUCGCGGCGCCCCGGGGAGGAGGUGCCCGCCGCCGUGCCGGGGCUGCGGAGGCAGACCUCCGAGGAGGACCGGCAGGCCGUCGUGGCCAUCGGGAGGCUGCCUCCCGCGUCGGAGGUGGUGCGGGCCGUAGCGGACCUGGACGAGGGGGCCCUGAGCACCCAGGAGCUCGCGGACGUGCGCGAGCACCUGUGCAGGGGCCCGAGCGGCGCCGGGGCGGCGUGCCCGCAUGCGCCGGCGCAGCUGCGCGACUUCUGCGGCGCCCUGGGUGCGCUGCCCCUGUGUCGCGAGCAGAUCUCCUGCUGGAGCGCUGCUCGCAGCUGUCGAGAGCGGGCCGCGGAGUGCGCGCGGGCCCUCGAGAGUUUUCUCGACAUUAUCGACUGCUUCCACAGCGCAGAAGCGCUGAGCACUCUCUUGGGGAUCGUCCUCGCGGUGGGCAACCACCUGAACGGAGGCACGGGCCGCGGGCAGGCAGAUGGCUUCGAUCUGCAGGCCCUAGCGAUGCUGGAGGGUAUCAAGGACUCAGAGGGCAGGGACCUGCGACACUUUGUUCUCGACGUGUUCUUUCACGGUGCUCGGGAUAAGGCCCAGCAGCUAGUUCACGAGCUGUGGCCGUGCUUCUUGAACGUGCGCCGCAGUAUCACAAAGGAUGCUGCUGGGACGGAGGUGCUGAAUAAAAGAGUGAAUGUUACCCUGGAGGACGUCGCAAGGUUGGUCUCCAGCUUGCGGGCCGAGCUGGAGGAGGCCUCGGACACCUUGCAAGCUGCAUUGCCCAAGCUGGAACCUGACUGCACAUUCUGCAGGUGCAUGCCAGAUAUUAUGUCGUGCACGAAGGAAGCAGUGGACCAGGUAUGCUCCCUCUCCGACAGUGCCGCAGCAAGGUACAAGGGGCUCCUCGCGUGGCUCCGGAGCCAGGACAUGUGCAGCGGCGACUUCUGCCUCCUCUGGGAUAAUUUCUUCGCUCCAGGCGACCUGAUGUGCAACAAGGGCAGGACGGCAUACUUCACAGCAGCCUUCUGCGGUGGAGAGCCGCCUGGCUUGGCGCAGCUAGAGGACCUCUGGGGCUUGCAGCAGUCCGCUCUGGCGCCAGCGUCGGCGCCGCCCGGCAUGUGCGACGAGGGCGGCCAGGAGCGCGAGCGCGCUUGGGCGCCCGGGAUGCUCGACGCCGAGGCCUUCUGCCGCGCCCUCGCGCCCUGCCUGGCGUUUCCCGACGACUUCGACGCGGCCGCGCGCGCGUACUCCGCCUGCCUCGGCACCAGGGACGUCGGCGGCGACCUCGGCGACGUGGAGAGGGGCCAGAUGCACCCAGCCAUCGAGGCCGCCCUGUUCGACAAGGAGCUGGAGCUCGGCAAGGUCCUGGGCCCGGUGGAGACCGCCGCGGGCUGGCACCUGCUCCUGGCGCGGCAGAAGAACCGCGGCAUCCUGUCGACGACGGUGCGGGCCAGCCACAUCCUCGUUGCCCACGGCUGGCACGAGAAGCCCGCGGAGGAGGAGGCCAUUCUGCUCGCGCAGGAGCUCGCGGGCGAACAAGAGUCCAUCAACCGCACGUGGCGCCGCUGGUCCUUCGAGAACUCGCUCCCGUCCGCGCUCCUGGAGCAGCGGUCGGACGAGGGCCUGCGCGAGUGCCGCACGGGGCUGGGCCGCCACCAGGACCUGCGCCUCCUCUUCCGGUGGGCGGACUGCUACGUCUUCAGCGUCAAGGGGGUCCUGGCGGACGUGUCCCGGAACGCCACCGGGCCGCUGCUGUGCUCCGUGGGCGGCGCGGUGCAGGAGGUGGGGGAGCUUUACACUGCGGACGCCGCGGCGUCGGCGCGUCCGCUGGCGGACGGGUUCGGAGCCCGCCUGUUCUGGAGCAACGAGUGCUGGCAGGACAGCACCGGCAUCCUCGGCGCGGACGGCGACUGCAACGUGCAGAUCCCCCUGCGGCGGAGCCCUGCGCAGGGCGGCGGCGGGUGCGAGGCGCCCGCCUCCGUGCUGCGGCUGCGCGUGCGGCCCACGGUGCUGGCCUACGCGGCCUCCGAGCCGGGGCUGCGCCUGGCGCUGUGCGAGGAGGCGAAGCGUCGGCUACACGCAAGAGUGGCCCUUCCGCCGGAGUGA